AUGUCUUAUCCAAGAGCAAGUGAUAGUUGCUUUAAUGUUGAUGUGAUUGAUGAGGUGGUUUCGAAAAAGAGGAUUACUAAUGAUCCUCUUGAAUUGGCUCUGGCGUUGGGUGGUGAUAAUGAAGAGGAGGAUUGGGAGACUCGUGAGUAUGUGAAAUGGAUUAAUUCUUAUGGUUCAUAUUACAAGAAGAAAUUUGAAGAAUUGGGGCAAGUGCAUGAGUGCCCCAUACCAUCUAUUGAGAAGCCUCCAGUCCUUGAGUUGAAGUCUUUACCGAAGCAUCUUUGUUAUGUGUACUUGGGGGAGAAAGAAACGUUGCCUGUUAUUUUAUCUUCAUUGCUAUCAAAACGUGAAGUAGAAAAACUUUUGAGGGUUUUGAGGGCUCAUAAACGUGCUAUUGGGUGGACUUUGGCUAAUAUUCGAGGAAUUAGCCCUUCAACGGUUAUGCAUAGGAUUCUUAUGGAAGAAGAUAGCAAACCUUCCAUUGAAGCUCAACGAAGGCUAAAUCCCUCUAUGAAGGAUGUUGUUUGGAAGCAAAUACUUAACUGGUUGGAUGCGGGGGUAGUCUAUCCUAUUUUUGACAGUGCUUGGGUGAGCCCUGUUCAAGUGGUGCCUAAAAAGGGAGGAAUAACUGUGGUAAAAUAUGAGAACAAUGAACUCAUCCCUACUCGUAUUGUGACGGGAUGGAGAAUUUUUAUUGACUACCGCAAGCUGAAUAAGGCGACGAGAAAGGACCAUUUCCCGGUGCCAUUUGUGGAUCAGAUGCUUGAUAGGCUUGUAGGCCACAAUUAUUAUUGUUUCCUAGAUAGGUAUUCAGGUUACCACCAAAUUGCCAUCGCUCCGGAGGAUCAAGAGAAGACAACAUUUACCUGCCCAUAUGGUACCUUUGCUUUCCAAAGGAUGCCUUUCGGUCUUUGUAAUGCGCCAUCCACUUUUCAAAGGUGCAUGAUGGCUAUUUUCUCCGACAUAGUAGAAAAAAGUGUCGAAAUUUUUAUGGAUGACUUCUCGUUGUUCGGGUCUGAUUUUGAUGAAUGCUUGGAUCACCUCAAAGCGGUUCUUAAACACUAUGAAGAAUUGAAUUUGGUACUUAAUUGGGAGAAGUGCCACUUUAUGGUGAGAGAACGGAUUGUCUUGGGACACAAAAUUUCUAGUAAAGGCAUUGAAGUGGAUCGGGCCAAGAUUUCUACUAUAGAGAAUUUGCCACCUCCAAUUUCAGUUAAAGGAGUGAGGAGUUUCUUGGGCCAUGCGGGGUUUUAUCGGAGAUUUAUCAAAGAUUUUUCCAAGGUCUCGAAGCUAUUGUCCACCUUGAUAAUGAAUGGGGUCCCUUUUGAUUUUAAUAAAGAAUGUUUGACUGCUUUCAAGACUCUCAAGGAGAAGCUCAUUUCAGCGCCUAUAGUGUGUGCACCUAAUUGGGACCUUCCAUUUGAGCUUAUGUGCGAUGCUAGUGAUUAUGCGGUUGGAGCGGUUCUUGGGCAGCGAGUGGACAAGGUAUUUCGAACCAUAUACUAUGCUAGUCGAACUUUAAAUGAUGCUAAACUAAAUAAUGCAAAAACAGAAAAAGAACUUCUAGCUAUAGUUUAUGCUUUCGAUAAGUUCUGUCCGUAUUUAAUUGGCAAUAAGGGUACCGAGAAUCUUGUGGCGGAUCAUUUGUCUAGGUUGGAAGUUGAGGAAGAUAAAAUUACCAAGAAAGUGCAAAUCAAUGAUUAUUUUCCAAAUGAGAAAUUGUUUGGGGUGAGUGACAAAGCCAAAGCACCAUGGUAUGUAGAUUAUGUCAAUUUCCUAGUGGCAAAGGUUGUGCCUCCUGAGAUGUCUAGAGCACAGUUGAAAAAAUUCUACUCUGAGAUCAAACAUUAUUAUUGGGAGGAGCCCAUCCUCUACAAACAUUGUGCUGACCAAAUAAUUCGUCAUUGUGUACCAGAAGAUGAAAUGAUCUCUAUUCUCACCCACUGUCACAGUCUUCAUUGUGGGGGUCAUUUUGGUGCUACUAGGACAACAACAAAGGUAUUGCAAUGUGGUUUCUUUUGGUCUACUUUAUUUAAAGAUGCAAAUACUUUUGUUAAGUCUUGUGAUAGAUGUCAAUGUACCGGUAACAUAUCACGAAGAGAUGAGAUGUCUCUGAAUGUUAUUCUUGAAGUUGAGUUGUUCGAUGUGUGGGGGAUUGAUUUCAUGGGCCCUUUUCCAUCCUCCUACAAUAACAAGUAUAUACUGCUCGCUAUGGACUAUGUGUCUAAAUGGGUGGAAGCAGCGGCAACUCCUACGAAUGAUGGUAUAUCUAAUGGGCAAGCGGAAAUUUCUAAUAGGGAGGUCAAGAGCAUUCUUGAAAAGACAGUUAAUAGCUCAAAGAAGGAUUGGUCUAAAAAGCUUGAUGAUGCUUUAUGGGCUUAUAGAAUGGCAUUUAAGACUCCCAUUGGCAUGUCUACUUAUCGGUUGGUUUUUGGUAAGGCUUGCCAUUUACCGGUGGAAUUAGAACAUCGAGCAUAUUGGGCAAUGCGAAGGUUGAAUAUGGAUUGGAAUGCAGCUGGGAAAAAUAGGCUAAUGCAGCAAUUGAUUGAACUUGAUGAGUUUAGGAAUGAAGCCUAUGAGAAUGCUAAGAUUUACAAGGAAUGCACCAAGAGAUGGCAUGACAAGAACUUGUCUCGCAAAGAAUUUCAACCCGGUCAGCAGGUGAACGGUCAACAAGUGAAGCCAUAUUUGGGUGGUCCCAUUGAUCAAGCCAAGUCCAUUAUCAUGUUGAAGCCUCUCUGA